AUGGAAGCCCCUUCUGGGAUGAAAACUCCUUCUUCCAUUAUUUUUGUGGGUGUCUAUUUUGAUGAUGUUAUAAUUACUGGAACUGAUUCAGCAGAGAUUGCGGACUUGAAGGCCUUCCUAGAUCAAAAGUUCAAAAUAAAGGACCUAGGCAGACUUCAUUAUUUUUUGGGCUUAGAACUCUUAUACAAACCAGAUGGCAUUCUCAUUUCUCAAAGAAAGUUUACCUUAGAUUUGUUGAAAGAAUAUCAGGUCUUUGACUACAGCAGUGUUUCUUCACCCCUUGAUCCUGCCAUAAAGUUGAAAGCACAAGAAGGAAACCUACUGCCAGACCCUACAUACUACAGGAAGUUAGUGGGAAAGCUCAAUUUCCUUACCAACACAAGGCUGGAUAUAGCUUAUAGUGUACAGCUCCUGAGCCAAUUUAUGCAGGCACCAAGAGAUACUCACUUAACAGCUGCAUUUCACCUUCUCAGAUACUUAAAGAAGGAGCCUACUCUAGGUGUUUUCUUCUCAAAUAAUCCUGACUAUUCAAUUAAGGCAUUUUGUGACUCAGAUUGGGCAGCCUGCCCAGACUCUAAGAGGUCUGUCACUGGAUACAUUAUUUUGGUGGGAGAUAGUCCUAUUAGUUGGAAGUCCAAGAAGCAGGAGACUGUCUCCUUAUCCUCAGCUGAAGCAGAGUAUAGAUCUCUCAGAAAAGUAGUUGGAGAAUUGGUCUGGCUAAGCAGACUAUUUGCUGAACUCACUGUUGUCCAGUCAUGUCCUAUACAGGUGUUUUGUGACAGUCAGUCUGCUAUACACAUUGCUCACAACCCAGUGUUUCAUGAAAGGACCAAGCACAUUGAAGUUGAUUGCCAUUUUGUUAGGAACAAAUUGCAAGAAGGCCUAAUCUCUCUAUAUCAUGUACCCACUCACCAUCAGUUGGCCGAUAUUCUCACAAAGGCCCUCACCGGGGUCAAACACUCAGGUGUCCUAAGCAAGUUGGCUGUGAAGACCUCACUUCCAACUUGA